GGUUGUCGGUAAGUCAGUUACGGCACGCCGGCUGUUAUAUUUCACACGGAACUAGAUAGAGCAUAGGUUGCCGACAUAUUGUUGGCGGAGAGUGCUCGUACUGUAAUAUUACAGCAAAGCACGGAUAUGCUGUCUCUGUUGACGUUUGUGUUACUCUACACAAGCAAAGUGUCUGGCGAGGCAUGUCCUAAUGGAUGGACACGGCACGAUGCAGCUUGUUAUUUUUUCAUGGACAUACACGAAACCUGGCAGGACGCGUCGGCACAUUGUGAGGCACUCGACUCCCAGCUGGCGGCAAUAGAGUCAGAGAGAGAGGAUACUUUCCUUAGGAAUACUCUCACCCAACGUCACGAACAUGACUCCAGUGCCCGAGUUAUGUACUGGUUGGACGGGACAGAUGUUGCAACGGAAACGGAAUGGACGUGGGCUUACUCUGAGGAGCCCAUCAUGGGCUACACACACUGGUGUCCCCACCAACCCGACAACUCACAUAACGAAGAUUGUCUGAGGAUGGGAAAGUUCUGUGGCUUCGGCUGGGAUGACGGGGAUUGUGAAUCGAAAGAAUUCUUCAUCUGUGAAAGACAAGAUAAGGAUUUCCCGACACCUGAUGUGGAACACACGGAUACUGGAAUCAUUGGAUGAUUGAUAAUACUGUGUCUUGCAACUUAGAAAGAAAUAAUCAACAACAACAUCAACGAUAACAGCAACGACAACGACGACAACAUCAUCAAAAACAACAAUACCAAAAUAGCAACAACAACAACAACAGCAGCAGAACAACAACAACGUAUUUUACGAUAAGGAGUGAUUAACAUAAUGAAGACGAUACAAUAGUGUUUUGCUUUUGAAACUUUUGAAACUUAUUCAUUUGAAACCAAUCAGAUUAACCUAAGUGUUUUCAAUUCAAGUAAAAGAAUAAAAACUCACGAAAAGCAUUGGUUAAUGAAUAUCCAAGUAUAGUGUAAUUGUUUUCUGUCAAAAUUGUUACAAAUUUAUGAAGACCGGUCCGUAUGGUAAACAAAAAAGACUUUUCUUUCGUUUGUGUAAAUAAUAUAGGGUUGUGGACAUAAAGAUCAUGCUUAAAAGCGGAUGUCAUAGUAGAGUCUCGCUGACGAUGAAGAUAAACAUUAGACUGUUUACAUAAUUCAAUAUGCGCAAAAAUUCACAGCGAAUCACGCCUCGAUGCCGACUUCAACUGUUUAAGAAUGAUUCACAGUUGUUUAUGAACUAAACAGCAGCAGUAAAAUAUUGUAAUAUACAUUUCGAGUAUUUCUGAAUUAGACAUGGUAUUUGGCUCGGUCAGAGUUACCGUAAGUGAUUUUGUAGCUUAACUGUAAGCCUAUCUUCUGUGAUACUGGUCCACCAUGUUGAAAAGAUCAUUCCGUAACAGAUAGGCCUACACGACAGUAAGUUUCGUCAAGGCUUGGGAAUCAGAUUCCAAACAUCGGCAGCUUCCAAGCCUUGGCAGCAUUAGCCUGACUAGCCAUCAGCCCUGAAGUGUUUUUAAAAUAAUUGAUCAGCUGAAUUCUAACACUAAAUUAUCUGCUAAAAUACACCCCGAAAAGACGACCAUUAUUCAGCUUAAUUUUCGUCUUUUCGCCCCGAGAAAAGGAAAAUUAAGCUGAUUUAUUUUCGAAAAGACGAAAUUUGCGGUUUGUUAACUUUUGUCUUUUCCAUUUAAGGUUUUUAAGUUUUCGUCUUUUCGGGGCGAAAAGACGAAAUUUGAGGUUUAUUGAUCUUCGUCUUUUCGGUGCGAAAAGUCGAAAAGACGAAAUGGUACAAAUCAACCACCGUUAUAUUUAGUAUAAUUUUAAAAAGAGGGAACAGAUCGACGCUCGGAAGGUUAAAUUGACGAAAACAUGUCUAACAGUAAUGUGGUCGUAUUGAUUUUGUGCCAAUAUUGUGUGCUUAAACAAUUAUUUUUUAUCCGUUGAGUAUCAUUUAGAGGCUCAACAAUAGUUCAACAUUUUCAAUAAGACAUAUUAAGUUGAACGCAUUAAAUCAGACUUACUGGUUGAGAUAAUGUCUUCUUUUUAAGAAGUUUGGUUAACCUUUUCAGUUAGAUAAUAAACUUUCUGAAUGUGUAUUUUAUUUAACUGUUUUAAUCUUUACGAAUUAUAACAUCGUCAAGACGAUCGUAAAUCGGAAAGUGGCGACGAUUUUAAUGAUGUUCUACUACAUGUAUUGUAAAUCAAACCUGAGUAGAAAGCCUGGUUGAUAAAUAAUAGUAUAACGUCAUACAAUAUACUACAUUAUGACGUCACAAACAUAUACCAAUAUUAUGACGUCAUCCCCGACAACCAAAAUCAUUGACACGGAAACAUGGGUUGAUGGUCACAGCGAGUUAUUUUCAUAAGUCCUGUACUUUAUUAAAAUACGGGGAAAAAUUACAAAAAAUGGAAUCUGAUGAAUAUGAAGAGAACCCAAUGGGAAGACGACUUGGGAAGCGGUUUAGUAUACAUUCAUGCCUGGUUUACGAUGAAAUGAGAAGAUUUGGCCAACUGUGUGAUGCAGUGAUCAAAGUUGAUAAUCGAGAGUUCCCUAUCCACAGGGCCAUCUUGUCGGCUUGUAGUCCCUACUUUAGAGCAUUAUUCACCAACACCUUCGAUUCUGUUGGGAAACGAGAGAUUGAAAUACCGGGGAUUUCUGGCGACAUAAUGCAGAUCAUUAUCGACUACGCUUAUACACGACGUGCUAAAAUCGACGAGAGUAAUGUUGAGCGUCUACUCCCGGCGGCUGACCAGUUACUUGUCCAUGGUCUUGUGACAAGGUGUUGUGAUUUCCUCGCCGAGCAACUGGAGCCGGAAAACUGUAUUGGUAUUUAUAACUUCGCGCGUGCCUACUUUUGUCAUAAAUUAGUGAAAAAGGCAUACCGCUUUUUGAUGCACAACUUUAGCAGGGUUCUAGCUUCCAGCUCGGAGUAUAACGAACUUAGCGUGGAGGAAGUUUGUGAAAUGUUAUCUUCUGAAGAUCUCAAUGUGAAGAAUGAAGAAAUGACGUUCGCGGCGUUGUUACAGUGGAUUGAUCAUGAUCCCGAAAACCGGAAGUGCCAUAUUGUCGCCUUACUUCGGACUGUUCGCCUUGGAUUGUUGUCCACUCAGUUCUUUGUUGAGAAAGUUAAGUCCCACCCGUACGUUAAAGAAAGUGCUGAGUGCAAACCUCUUAUCAUCGAAACACUCAAAUUCUUAUAUGCUCUCGACAUAAACGAGGAGAAAAAUCUCGACAUAACCAAUCCGCUGGCGCUACCACGGGUGCCACAUGAGGUGAUGUUCGUGGUUGGCGGGUGGAGCGGAGGGGCUCCCACUAAUAUCAUGGAAACUUAUGACACACGCGCAGAUAAAUGGAUUGUUUGUGAUUCCGUCGAUGAAGCACCCCGAGCUUACCAUGGAACAGUGACAAUCGAUCGGAAGAUCUACGUCAUCGGAGGAUUUGACGGGACACAGUACUUUAAUGGGGUCCGCUGCUUUGACCCCGUUGAGAAGACCUGGUCCGAGGCCGCACCAAUGAACUCUAAAAGGUGCUACGUCAGCACUGCUGUCCUGGGGGAAUUUAUCUACGCCAUGGGGGGUUUUGAUGGUCACGUGAGACUGAAUACAGCCGAGCAAUAUUUCCCUAGCCGAAACCAGUGGAGUCUUAUUGCCCCUAUGCACAACCAACGUAGUGACGCAGGCGCAACCACUCUCAACGGUAAGCUCUAUAUUUGCGGAGGGUCAAAUGGACACGAAUGUUUGAACACGGCAGAAUAUUACAACCCGAACUCCAAUCAAUGGACAUUAAUUACGCCCAUGCGCAAUAGGCGAAGUGGAGUGGGUGUGAUCGGGUAUAGUGACUACGUCUACGCUCUUGGUGGCUUUAACGGAAUCGCCCGGAUGAACACGGCAGAGCGAUAUAACCCAAUCACGGAUCGCUGGCAGACCAUCCCAGAAAUGUUCGACCCGCGGACCAACUUUGGGGUAGAGGUGAUAGACGAUAUGAUCUUCACUAUUGGUGGAUUCAAUGCCGUCACGUCCAUCUGUAAUGUGGAGUGCUUCGACAAAAGCUCGGACGAAUGGUUUGAUGCGACAGACAUGAACAUGGACAGGAGUGGACUAAGCGCAUGCGUCGUCAAUGAUCUACCAAAUGUUCAAGAUUAUACUUUCAAAGAAAGAAAAUCGAAAGAUAAUAAACAGAUCGAGAAAAAAUAAUAAAAUCAAAGGAAAGCAAGCUUAUUGAUAGAGAAAAAAA